AAAGUUUGUUCCUACAUAUCCCAGAGCAAACCUGCAAAAUUCAACUUGGAGACUCGAGGCCUUCCUUAAUCGCUUCGGGCACUGCCACCGCUCGCUUCUUUCAAACGCUCAAUGGCCGCUAACAAUCCUUCGCAGCUGCUCCCGUCAGAACUAAUUGAUAGGUGCAUUGGGUCGAAGAUAUGGGUGAUAAUGAAGGGGGACAAGGAGCUCGUUGGUACUCUCAGGGGCUUCGACGUCUACGUCAAUAUGGUACUCGAAGACGUCACAGAGUAUGAGAUCACUGCUGAAGGGAGACGGAUAACAAAGCUUGAUCAGAUUUUACUAAAUGGAAACAACAUUGCCAUUCUCGUACCUGGUGGUUCGCCUGAUCCAGAAUGAGAGUGCUGUUAGCCUUUACUUGGUUCUUGAUUUUUCUCCCUUUUACUGUGAUUGGUGGGUCAGAUUACUCCUCUGUUUUAACGAGAACUCUAACCACCAAGAUGCUUCUUUCUCCACCACUUUGUUCUCUAGUAGUAAUGGUUGUAGGAUAGCGCGUGAUGGGCUUUUCCAAUGAUAUAUAUCAUGGCGUAUGAUGGAUUGUUUUUAGCAGUUAUCCAGACUCUUAUGCAUCUUUUUCAGGUGCCAUGAGCCCUACUGUUUCUUCCAUUAUCUUAAUAUUUGUUUUGAAAUGAAGUGUGGAGUUUUACCUA